AUGGCAAAUGGGUGGAGAUUUGAGUGCCAAGAGUGCAUUGACCUUUGGCAGGAACAAACAGAAGAAGAUGCCUGCGUUGCAUGGGAGCGCUUAGAGCAGAAGAAGAAGCCCAAGAUCAAUGACUUUGACACAGCCAUGAUCAUGGCAGACAUCAUCAUCCCCUGUCCAUCACAAUACACCAUCCAGAAGAUCAAAAACAUGGAGUAUGUAGAACUUUGGUACUUUAGUCCUGAUGGCUGCUGGGAAGCUUCCACCACAUCUAGAUCCACGUUGGAUUCAGACGACACUUUCGGCUUUGUGAAAGUUGAUGGCAUGGUUGCCUUGAAAAUGCUAGCAUUGUUCAAGGCCUCCCACAAAGCCCUACAGGACCAUGACCUAUUGUGGUGA